AUGCCUGCGUGGAAAACUACCAACGCAGGCAAGUCAGCCAAGUCAACUCCUGCCGCCGCUGCCGUCGCCCUUCCCUGGCGAGACGUGCGCGUGCCUGCAGGGCAGGUGAAGAGGGAGACAGGAGUGGAGGCCGAGCAGCAGCAGCAGCAGCCAGUGGUGAUUGAAUUGCUCGGAGAUGGUACUGAUGGGGGUGCUGGUGGCGCUGCCGGUGCUGCUGGGAGGAACGGGGCAGAGGUGGAUGCAAGGGGGGCGUCGAGUGUGGGAGCAGCACAGACGGCAGAGUCAGGGCAUGAAGACCGGUCGUCUCUGGGCAAUCGAAACAGUGGGCGCGGGAGAGAGGCGAGUCACGGGAGAGUGGGAGGAGUGGGAGGGAGGGGAGUUGGGGGGAGUGGGGGUGUGGGGGCAGGGGCAGGAGUGCGUGGGGGGAGUGGGGCGAACUGGUUUGGGGAUCGGGGAGGGGAGGACAAUCCGAUCAAUCUGAGUGAUAGUGAGGGGGAGGAGGAGUUACCAGCAACGAAUGCUGCUGUGGGAAGGGCCGUACCCAGUAGCUCUGAUCAACCCCUGCAGCAGAAGGGGCAGCAGGGACAGCAGGGGCGGGUGCAACAGCAGCAGCCGGGGCAGCAGGUGCAGGGGCAGCAGCAGCGGUAUGAGGGGCAGAGAGCAGAUGUGAACACAUUGCUGGAUGUGUGGAGGGACGACCGGAGGGCCGAGCCAACGAGCACAUUCAACCGCUCCUAUGGUGCAGUUGAGAGAGCAGACACGUAUGGCGCUGCUGCUGCUGGUGGUGUUGGUGCUGCUGGUGCUGGUGCUGCUGGUGCUGGUGCUGGUGCUGGUGGUGCUGGUGCUGAUGCUGAUGCUAGUGGGAUGGUGCAGGGGCAGGAGGAGCGGGGGCAGGAGGAAGGGGAGGAGAAGGAGGUGGAGUGGAGGAGAGAGGAAGGGGAUUUGGGAGAGAAUCAGCAGGAGGAGCAGCAGGGGGAGGGAGAGAUGGUGGGACCUGGGAGGGCGCGAGAGGCAGGGCGGAGAGUGGUGCGUUUCAGCUGA